CCAGAAUUUCUCUUCAUAUAACACGUUUAUCGUACCUUUAUUAAUCUUCCCUUGCGUUGAAGCGUGAAAGGAAAAAAAGUAAGAGAUAGACGUAUAAUUGCUGGGUAUUUAAGAAAAUUGCAGAAUACUCAAAAUCUUUACAUGCAACACUUAUUUAAUGUUCCUGCAGGCCAUGAAUGAAGCCAUACACAUUACACAGCCUGCCCAAAUCUCUACAUUUUCAUAUUUUCAACUUGUCAGACUCAGACAAGCAACGUCGUAGACAAAAUAAUAUUUAAAAAAUGGGUAGUUCAGUUCGGCGAUCUGUAGUGUUUCCUUUUCCGGAAUCGCCCAAAGUCUUUGCUUUCACUAAAUCUUGAUUUGUAAACCAAUUUGAGCUUGACCCUUUUUGAUUUAUCCUUAAGAAUAAGCCUUUUUUUGGUUGCAAUGGCUGAGAGUUUUGUGCGUGUGGAUGAAUCAAGCCUCCUGGAGACCACUCCUCUGCUCCCCCCGCUGCCCCAGAAGCCUGGAAAUCAAGAGAAAAAAGGGAAUGGAGAGGAGAUUGAUGGGCGUGAUCACGUGGCCACCGAUCUCGAUAAAGCUCUGCAGAGAUUGGAGUGGUUUCUGGGGGCGCUGGGGUUCAAUCAGAGCUCAGUUCUGAGGAUUGUGGUGUCCUGGGGUUUGUUUUUGGUUCUGGGUUUGGCUGUCCCGGUGGUGAUUCUUGAGCUCUCCGAUUGCCGGGGGUGCCAGAAGGGUCAAAUCAAGAGCUUUGAAGUGGACAUAGUGGUGUCUCAGGCUUGUCUAGCGGCUGUUUCUCUGCUCUGCGCUUCGCACAACUUGCGGAAAUAUGGUAUUCGGAAGUUCCUGUUUGUGGACCGGUACAGUGGGCAUGUGGAGCGGUUCAGUGAGGAGUAUAUUAAGAAGAUUUCUGAUUCAAUCCGCUUGCUCGUAUUGUGGGUGUUACCGUGUCUCGUUUUGAAGACUGCACGAGAAAUCAUCCGCGUUUUGUAUGUGCAUCAAGAAUCAUUGUGGCAUUCCACCGCUAUCUUAUUAGCUUUUAUUAUGUCGUGGACUUUUGCUGCUGCAAUUUUUCUCUCGGUCUGUGUUCUAUUCCACUUGGUCUGCAAUCUGCAAAUCAUACAUUUUGAUGAUUAUGCAAACCUCUUGGAACGAGAAUCUGAUGUUUUGCUACUAAUGAAAGAGCAUAUGCGCCUCCGGUAUAAUCUAUCAAAGAUUAGCCACAGAUUCCGAAUAUUUCUUCUGCUGGAGUUCACAAUUGUCACUGGGAGCCAGUUUGUAACGCUCUUCCAGACAACAGCAUAUCAUGGUAUAAUAACUUGUGUCAAUGGUGGAGAUUUUGCGGUCUCCUCGAUUGUUCAGGUGGUGGGGGUGAUUCUUUGCUUGAAUGCUGCUUCGAAAAUAUCCCACAGGGCGCAAGGCAUUGGAUCGCUAGCGAGCAGGUGGCAUGCUCUAGCGACGUGCGGUUCUGGCGAGGCAUCUCAAAUGAGAAACACAAACAAUGGGAACUCAGAGGCCACCAAUGCUCAUAUCACGAGCUCGUUCUAUAGGAUCGGCUCAGAAAGCGAUUUGGAGUCCGUGGACUUCAUGAUGAUGCCGACGAAUACACAUUUGGCUUCUUCUAUGUCCUCGUACCAGAAACGACAAUCCUUAGUGAUGUAUCUGCAGAGCAAUCGAGGAGGAAUAACCAUAUACGGAUGGACAGUGGACCGAGGCCUAAUCAACACCAUCUUCUUCAUAGAGCUCUCGCUCAUCCUGUUCGUGCUAGGGAAGACGAUAGUAUUCACAGGUCCAGGUUGGUUUGUUAGCAGGAAUUGAAGAAAGAGUUCGUAGCUGAAGGCAGACCCCUCAAGGAAGAAAGGAAUAUACGGUUUGUGUUGUAUUGUAUGUAUAAAAAGUAAAAGAAAGUAAAGAAUUUUGCAUCCAUUUGGCUUACACUUUUUUACUGCCUCUAUUUCAUU